CUUUACCUCGCAAACACCCAUUUCUCCAAUGGCGCACUGGGCUACACUGAAACCAUACAUUCUUAGGCGAAUUGCCGCCAUAUAUGAUACCACUUUCUGGCUGGAUACUCCUGAUGAUGUCGAUAUUUAUAAUUCAUUCCUCCAGCUAAACCGAGUUUGCUAGCGCUGGAGAGACGCUAUAAAAGAGAGCCUCCAUACUACCGCGAUUAUCUUGUACUGCGAGCCAACUGCUGACCAGCUACGUCUGUAUGGCAACGCCUCUGGUUCCAAUCAGCUCGCAUCCAGAGGCAUGCAUCUCACAGUCUCAUCACCAUAUCCUAUUCUAUGGAGAACCAACAUUCCGCAUAUUGUGAGAUCAAAGAAUAGUCACUACACUCAAAGGCUGGUUAUCUCAUCUCGAGGCUGUACCAUCGAUUAUUCGUCUCUUGGAGAUAUCCUUGGGGUUUUUGGAUUUAGCACCGUCGAGUGGCUUAGAUUGGAGAAAAUAUGUUUUAUUGAGGAUCCGCAGGCGGCAAAACAGGAUUCAGAUACCGAACCUCCUAUAACUGACGAUAUCAGAGAACGACCGUUACAACCCUCACAGUAUUUCGUAACUCACAUUCCUCAUGGGAAGCAUUUGUGUCGUAGUGUAUCUAUGUAUCCUGUGAAGAAUCCGCCAGUAUUUCCGCUUGGUUAUAUGCUAAACUUUUACUUGCCUCGGCUACAAACAAGAAUUGAAUCGAAUUUUAUACUUUCAGAACUGGACAGCACAUGUUUCUCUUCAUACAUCGCUAGGUUGGUUCUGCACAUCAACAGCAAGAGUGCCGAGGGUUUCCCUAAGAUAUUCGCACCUUCACUUGAAAUUUUAGCACUAUUUUAUUCCGAUAUCGCACAUUCAUGGCAUAUCUUUAGAGGCAGUCUGCCUGGAUCGGUUAUCUUUGAAAAUCUCACAGAGCUUGCAAUCUAUCAUUACCCAAAGAUAAUUGGAUCCUCAGAAGAGUCACGUACAUAUUUCUCGCCUAUAUUAUUUCCAAAGUUAAAGGAAAAUGUUCCGGUUCUAGCUGUUGUCAUCUUAGGCCGGAAGGACAAUGCGCAUAGCGAAGCUGCAGGGUCUAUUGCAAAGGAUCUUUUCAGCAAACCAUUUUCUACUUUCACUGCCGAGUUACAUAUUCAGAAAAGUUUACCAGUUGCACUCCCCGAUACGAUUCUGUGGACGAAAUUAGAAAAGCUGUAUCCUCGGUUCCCUGUUUAUUUUUCUGAUCUCAUCCACAUUCUCCCUCAACUUCCUCGUCUGCGCUGGCUCAUUGUUGGAGCCAUAUACUACACUGGACAUUGUAUAGAGAAUACCGAAUCAGUGCAAAUCUGGAAUAGCAUCCUUACUCAGCUCAUUCUUUUCUCAAGCACCGGGGUUAUACCAACAAUUCCAUCUCUUGACGCAAUGUGCAAUUUGGUGUCUGGAUUACCAUCUCUUCUCAAACUGGCUGUCCCAGAGGAUAUGCUGACUUCUGCAAUAGAUGCACUAUCUACACACGCUAUUUCUCGGGAAUCGAACGAAGGGGUGCUUCAAGUUGUUGGAUACCGUCAAAAAAGAGGCAUGAUUUUAUCAUGACUUUGGAAUCCCUUACACCAACCCUCGAGACGACUGCAUUUUCAAAUAUAUCUGAGCAAGGUGAGGGCAUCAAUACAUUCUUUAUCAUACACUCAUAACCUCUAUAUGAUAUUGCGUAUUUCGCUGUUUAUUUUUCGUCUACCAUUGCUGCACCUCUGAAGACAUCAGAGCUAACAAGAAUAUGUUUGUCGACCAGACCGAUGUCAACGACAAACCUUCAACAGUACAACCGAUGGCUACUCCAUGUGAGAGUUUAGAAUGUGCUCUGUUGACAUUCGGGUCCGGAGUCCCCUGCGCCACCAUAGACAAGACCGAAACGCAUACGUACAAAGGCCCAGAUAGACGACUAGCUUUCCUUCUUCC